UGUACAUCGGCUUGGCUGAACAUCAUAACAAUCGCGAUCUUCUUCCGCCCCCCUCCCCGCCUCAUCUUCGCUGCUCGUGUGGGUGUAUAGCUGCUGGUACCUGGACCGGUCCUCUUCCUUGUAUUUUCUCUUUCUUCUUGUGCAUUAUCAUAAUUCUUCGUCUUGCGUUGCAUUGCUCGGGCAUUUCUCUAUCCUUCUUCCUCUUAUGCCCCGCCGGUCCUAAGCGCCAGCGCUACGCCCAGAUCUAGACGCUUCCUCUUUCUAGAGCACCACCACCCGCGCCCUAGGCCCUGCCAGUUGCAUUCGAUUAGCAUACGAUCAACUCCGGGCUAGCAAUUGACAUCUUUCUGAGUCUUCUUUUACCCCAGCUGUGAAUUUAACGCGGAUAGCGAAGCUUCUGGGCCAAAAUGUCGCUCUCACCAGAGGACCGCCUUCGGUUCACUCCGAUCAUUGAUUCGAUUCUAGCCAGAAGUGAUUUGAAUACCAUCUCCGAGAAGCGCAUUCGCAAAGGCCUUCAGGAAGAGAUCGGAUAUGACCUUACCCCGCAAAAGGCUGCCGUUAAGCAGCUUAUCAUGGAGCGGUUUGACAUCUUUGCGGCCAAAGGGAACAGUGUAGCUGCGCCUGAGCCGGCCGUGACUGCUGCUACCACCACAAAUGGUCACAGCCGCGAUCAUGGCUCCGAAACACCCCCUGCGGAACCUUCAUCUCCCACGCAGUCUUCGGUCUCUCACAAACGUCAAGCAGAUAGCGAGGAUGGCUCGGAUAUUUCGAGCAAGACCCCCCCUGCGAAGAAGAAGAAGCCCGACAAUGACAUUGACGCUGAUGCCCUGUUCGCUGCGAAGCUACAGGCAGAGGAGAACAUGCGCGUCCGCCAGACUCGCGGUGGUAGUACGCGCAGGGCCCCUCCUGUGAAGAAGAACAAGGCGAAGACAUCUAAAAAGGUCAAGGCGGAAGAUGAUUCUGAUCUUGAUUCGGGGUCGGAAUCAGGAAAGAAAGUCAACCGAUCAGGGGGAUUUCAUAAACCACUCACACUAUCACCCGCGCUUUCUGCUUUGUUGGGUGGCGAGGUUACUCUCUCUCGGCCACAGACAGUCAAGCGACUCUGGCAAUACAUUCACGAGCAUGACCUUCAGGACCCUAGCGACAGGCGACAGAUUUGCUGCGACGACGCAAUGCGCGCAGUCUUCAAGCAGGACCGUAUACACAUGUUCACAAUGACCAAGAUCCUGAGUCAAAACCUUUACAGUCCUGACGAAUAACCUGUUACCUGCUACCAAGAGACCACAUUAAUUGCUGCCUUCAGGACAGGGCGGACUGUAAUGGAUGUCUCGCUGCACUUAUGACUAACUUGUUUCCACUCAUUGCACCGCAUAUGGAGACCCGGCGCUACAUCGUUUUCUUUAUUCUCUCAUUACCCUCUCAUAGUGUCUCAUCCUUGGCCUUUGUUUCCGUCACUUGGUUUUACACACUGAUAUUGUCAUUGGCGAAAUGCUUACCCUAUGUUUUCUUUUGUCGAUCUGAAAGUUUCUCUCCAGCGGGAGUUGGUGCUGCCUUUGAAAUAGGCGCGAUGGAUAAUGCUAGUUAGAGAUUAUAUUCUAUUUUUAUGAUGGACUCGUAUAGUCUGUCUUCUCACUGUGUAAACAUU